CGGUGGAAAAGGACAAUUCAACGACUACGUCAGUGAAACGGUGCCAAAAUGAGGAUGUAAUCGGUGGAAAAGCCUGUAACGAGGACAAAUGAAGUCGCAAAAUUUGAUUCGGUGAUGUCAAUCACGACGACAAAGGCUCUUUGAGAGUGAUAAGGUGAGGAGGUUCGCGAGCUCGAGAAGAAGCUAGGUUUAAGUUGUUGGACUCGUGAAAGCUCAAACCGUAGCCGCUGCGUGACCGAGCUAUUGUUCCAUAACCACCAUUGCAUCUUCUCACCUCCUACGAGGGUUACCAAGGGCCUGUUUUCUUAUAACAAGUAUCUUUUCUCCUUACAUGGGGGAUGCGUGCCCUGUUAACUAGUGAAGAAGAAAAGCUCUUGUGUAUAGUUUUAUGACCAUACAAUCAGAAAAGCUUGGAUAUAAUGGGGAUGAGUACACACAGUUCUACCAAUAGGAAACCAAGUGAUAGUAUGAGACUAAUUGUGACAACUUUUGUUGGAAUAGUUUUUGGAUUCUUUAUUGGAGUGUCAUUUCCGGCAUUGAAUACAAAGUUGAAUCUCCCAUCCAGCCUGCUUCCUGUCAUUGACCUUUCUUACAUUCAAGAGAAAUAUGCAGUUCAUGCACCUGCUUCUGUGAAAAAUAAUGGCGACUCAUCACAACAGCAGUUAAUAAAUGAUACGUUGAAGAUGGUAUAAUUGCAAACAUCAGCAGACAGUACAUUGACACAAGAACUCAGGCCAACCUGUCAAAACUUAAUGCUAACCGGAAACAAGAUGUAGAUGUUGCUAGUCAAGAUUUUUACGACAUUGUAGAAAGGAAGAGAAAUUCAGGUAAGAGUAUUCCCCCUCCUCAAAAUUUUCAUAUCUUACUUUGAUUGGCUGCAGUAAGAACUAGAAGCAUGAAAAAAGAAAAACAUGUUAUAUAUGCAACCUUUUUGGUCACGUGACAACAUCUUAUAAUGACAGCAACAAUGAGAAGAUUACCGGUUACUCCUCAACCUGAAUCCACAAUAUGGUGUUCUCCACUGUGAUUUAAAAUUUUAAACUUGUAGUAGUGGUGAGAAAACAGGUAAUAUGAUACACAGUUGUGGUAGUUAUAAAUCUAAGAUAGCAAUACUGCCUCCAGAAAAAAAAAGUGUAGCAGGAUGUACACUAUUUUAAUACAAUAUAAAUCAUUUAUACUGCCCAUGGAAAUAAAUUACAAAAAAUCCCAAAAUUAAAGAAAUUCAUGAUAAAUAAUAAGCACAUAAUAAUCAUCAAUCUAGGAGCAGAUUCUAGUCCGGUUUAAAUGUCGUCGGGCUUAACAACAAUAGCUAGCUUUUCUAUGUGAUUUUCCAAGUACUCUUUUAUCAAUAUUUCUCUUUUCCAUAUGUUUUUAUUUCCAUUUUGUUAUGUAUAUACUGACUUAAAAACUU